AUGGCUCUGAGGGGACCUCGCCCAGCGCUCCUGCUGCCGCUUGUCUUGCUGGCCGCCUGCCUCGUCCUGGCCAGUGGGCAGCCCUACGUGGAGCCGCACUUCAAGUUUCUUUUCAAGCAUGUGGACUAUCCAAAGACUCCCGCCCCCAAUCCCAACGCCCCGGACGCCAACGACUACUGUAACAAGAUGAUGCAGAUUAAGGGACUGUAUGGGAAGCCAAUAGUCAACACCUUCAUUCAUGAGCCUGUCUCAACAAUCAUUAGCAUCUGCAAGGACGGUGGUACUCCCAUAAUAGGUGGCCUGUACGAGAGCAAAGUUGAAUUCAGCAUCACUCAGUGCAUAUUUAACCCUGACACACUGUCAGUCUCUUACGUCGGGGUAGAGAAGAAGCGGAAAAUUAUCGUUGGCUGCUGGAGUUUGUACCCUGUGUACUACCUGGAGCAGCUCUAGGGCCCAGGGCUGGACCUGGAGGGCAGGCAGGGGACC